UGUUGUGAUAAACUUAUUAAAUAGUGUUUGUGAUGAAGAAUUUGCGGAAGUAACGCAGAAUUGAAUUUGGCUCUUUGAGAAAAGUGUUGGAGAUAGAAAUUUCUUCAACAAUGACUGCAGUUGAAGUGACCCAUCUAUAUGAAGCUGUAGCAGAUGAUGAGCUGACAAUCAAGCCCGGGAUGGUGUUGCGGGACUGCAUACCAGUGGAGGGGGAGAUUGGGUGGAUGAGUGGGGUGUUGAACGGAAAGAAAGGGUUGUUCCCGGACAAUUUCGUCAGGGUUUUAAAUACCGGAUCUGAGGGGAAUGCUAAGUCGGUUGCAGCGGCUCGACUUUCACUCUCACCUGUCAAUGUUACACCUGAUGAGGACAAUGAGUAUGACAUGGCUAUUGGUGAACGAAAUGCCCAAGAAGUCAAACUCAUAGAUAAGGACUUUUCGAUUGUGAGUGACUUCAAAGCAGUGAAAGCUGGACAACUGAGUCUGAAGAAAGGAGGCAAGGUUAAAGUGAUGCGAACGGAAGAAGACGGAUGGUUCUUUGGGGAAUUCAAAAACGAGAAAGGGACAUUCCCAGCAUCGUGUGUGUCGGAAUCAGAUGCAGUUGGUCAGACUAUCAAACAGUCUCCUAAACAAAAUUCGAACCAAAAAACGUCUAAACCUGUUGCAUCCGCUGGAAUUCGAAGUUCACAGCCAAAGUCGCCUUUAUCGCGACCAGAAAGUGCAAUUUCCGCAAGAAUACGAUACUUCGAAGAGAACCCUUUCAUAUUUCCAGUUUAUCCUAGUCCGAAAUCGAUUGAGAAGUCGCCUCCACUGCUUAAAAAGAGAGCUAAGAUUUCUCCAUGCGAAGCUACUGCUCUCGACUCUUACUCUAAUACAUUGAGCCAAGUGAAAACAGUCGCGAAAUUGUCAGAAAACGAAACGUCAAAUUCGAGUUCAUUUCAGAGCUCAAUUUUCAGAGCCCAUUCUAAAAAAGUUCCAUUGUCUGAUAGUUUAAACAUGGAUCGAUCCAAGAAAACGUUACUAGCUAAUUUUCCAGAAUCACUGGAACAGUACAAACGUCUAGUUCUGGAUUUGUGCCAGGGCUGUCGUAGCAUUGCAGUGUCUCAAGAAUUGUACGAUGAAUCAACACAAGUGAGAAGAUUUCGAAGCUCAGUCAAUGCGUGUAUGGAGUUAAGCCAAAGCUUCGCUACAGAUUUGGUGGACCUUUCACUAAAUUCUUUCAAACCUGUGUCCAGUAGGUUCUGUUUGACUCAUGUAUGUCCAGCUAAAACGACUUUUGAGACGGUUCCGGUAAUUGACAAUGAGUUCAUCAGCUCGCCAUGUUGCUUCACAGCUCUGUACAAAUUGACUUGCUGGAAGAAAAAAUUGAUUCCAGCGUUGGAUUUAGAGGUCACAAAUAAAAGCACGUCAAAAUAUUGCGCGAAUAAAGUGACUGAUUUGUUAUCGGAUUUCAAUUGCGCGAGAGAAUCAGAUAAAUUGUCAAAAACGGUAAUCGGAAGUCAUUCAAAAGAUAUGCAACCUUAUAAUUUAAACAGCCGAAAAGAGAAGAAAAUAUUGGUUCUCAAAGCCCAUCAAAACUUUGAGAACAUGAAACGAAAAGACCCACCAAAGGCUGUUGAUGUGAUUUCAUUAAGGAAAUCGCCCAAGAAAGGUCAAAGCAGAGUUAGAAAUGAUGCCUGGCCAUGGGAAAUUAAUGAUAAUUUAAGACUGCGAAUUUUUGAGGAACAACAAAAACUGAAACAGCAAGUUUUGAAUAAUAUUGAUGCGCGUUUCGAAGGACUUACAAGUUAUUCUUUGACUCCAUCCCCAAGCAGAAGAAAACAGCGCAAUGUUCUGGAAGAUUCUAGAUGGUCUCAAAGCGAAUCCAAAACAUCAGAAACAAGAAAGUUGAUCGAAAAAGAAGGUUACUUGAAGUCAAAAAUGUCUGGCAUAUAUGACAGGUCAAUUACAGAAGCAAAGGUUCUAAACUACUCUCUUGACGAUUCGUUUUUGUCGAUCGACGAGAUAAAGCGAAAAAGAAAUCGACAAUCGAAAGGUGAUUUUAAAGUCACUGAUGACGAUAAAUGGCCAUGGGAAGAUGAAAAAAGCGUAAAAAAAUUCGUAAAUGACUCUUUGCGGAAAGUGAAAGCAAACGAAAGUUUCGAUGGAGCAACCAGUGAUUGGAAUAUAUCUCCGAUUGCUAGAAAAGCCUCCAACGAUGACAGGGUUGAAUCUGGAAAUCAUGUUGACUUAAAUGAAGUACCUCUUCGACCAAUUUCAUCUAGAGCUACAGUUAGAUCAAUGCCUUGUAGAGCUCCAGAAGUCUUCCAACAUGUUCCUGUUGAACAUGAAGAACCAAAAAAGCCUAAGAAAGCCCAGAGAUGUCUAAAUUUGAGAGCAGUCAACCGCGAAAAUGAUAUAUCGAUGUUAUCAUCUGACCGAACAACGACGGAUGAAAGUCGAAGUGAUAUAGAACGUCGCUCAGAUCACUCGAAUCGCUCUUCCAAGAGCUACUCGAGAAAGAAUUCUCAACACUGCGUAGAACCUGUCAGCAGGCAACAAAGUGACAGUUUUCAUGAAGUAAUUGAAGAGAUUUUGACCGAAAGUAACAGAGAUACAAGAGUUAUGUUCGGUGAUGACAUGAAUUCGAGUUCGCAACGGAAUAGUUUGGUAUAUUGCAUUGAAGCUGAAGUGCACCAAGAACCAAGAAAUUGUUUCAAGGAUUUGUUAUUUUCUCAGAAGCUAAACACGAAUAUCGAGUCUUCGGAGGAACUGCGAGACGAGUUCUAUGAUUUGCCAGAUAUUUUUCACCAUAGUGGGUCGAUGUCUUUUGACAGUCUCUCAUCUAUGUCGAAUAAGCAAGAAAAAUUGAGUCAUGUCGCUCCUAAGAAGAGUUCAAGUGUCCUGGAGUCAACCGAAGAAGAAAGAAACGGUUACCAUGACCAAACUGACGGCUGUUUGAAAGCACGACAAGGUGACAAAAGCAUGGACCAGAGUUUUGUAUCUGUAUCUUCAAUUGCAGAUACAGAUUGCUUCAAUUCUGCUGCCAUUAAAAAUGGACUCAGAAAAGCUGCUAAGUCAAUCUUCAAGAAAUCAGAUUCAGGCAAUGAAUCUUCGAGUAGUUUUGCGAAAAGAGAGCAGCUGCCCAUGUCGAGGUAUAUGUCGUUCGCGAACCAGAGAGAUGGGUAUCAUUCGGACCCGGAAUGUUUAUUUAUUCCUAAGGAGUUCAAACUCGGUCUGACCUCAAUGAAAAAUGAAGAGCUGGACUGUAAAGUUACCCAAACCGAGUUCGACAAUACCAGUUCAGGAGUCCAAUGUGAUUGUUCGGCCGAUAUAUUAUCGCAAGAUACUUGUGUUCAUGAGAUCUGUACGAAGGAAACGCAAACCGAGUUCUCUAGCCACAACACUUCGAAGGUGUUUUCGGAGGAAGAAGGAACUUCAAAUUUGAAUGGAACGCUAUCGUCAGAAUCAGUGACUUCUGGAUGUUAUAAAGUUACACAAAAUGUCGAAAAAACUUCAAAACAUUUCAGCUCCGUUAUUGGAAGGCCUAGCUCGUACACGUUAACCGAGAUGUAUUUGAAUGAAAAUACGGAGCCAUUUUCGGAUAUUUCUAGAGGACUUGAAGAUUGCUUUUCCUAUGCUGACGAGUAUUUUAAAAGUAGAAAUGGCCGCAAAUGGUAUGAAACUGAAGAUGGUAUUCAGAACGCGCAAGACGAAAAGCUUUUUGCAAAUGAAGCUUUUAUAAAAGACGAUACUAUACUUCCCGAUAUUUCAACGCGUAUAAAUAACGUCGAAAGUGCUUUUCUUCAAGCGGCGUCCAGAUUUUCGAGUCUUGACGACGUCUUGGAUUCGUGCCAAAAAACUAUUAGUCAAAUGCCUGGAGGGUCAUUAUCGUCAGAUUUAUCACUUUCUGUGAACAACAGUCGACUUUCAAUGGUUCGAAACGAAGAUUUUGAAUCGAAUCAAAGCUUGAAAAGAACUAAUUUCAGACUAUCGCCACUUUCAAGUCCUCUAAGAAAGAAAGACAAAUCGAAAGAUUCAAAGGAAAAUCUGAGAGAUGCCUUAACUCCCGUUGAUUCAAGUUCGAAAAGGAGCUCGCCUCUGUUAUCUGGUUCAGCGCGGAACCGACGCGAUAACGAUGAAUUGGUUUCACGACAGAACAUGGGAACGCUAAAAGAUUCGGUCAUCAAGGAAUUGAAAUUUAUGCACUCCAUAAGUGACUCAAGUUGCUCGGAAGAGGAGAAAAACUCACUGAGUGAGGAGUCAGAUGUUUCAUUAUUGGCUCCAUUAGCAGCAUCUGAAAGUUUGAUGACUGUCAAUUCUGCAAGACUGUCGAGAAGUUUCGACCGGGACAGUUUUCUAGAUGAAAACCGAAGAUCUUCAUCGGCUAAAUUAAGCUUUCAAACGGAGGUUAACUCAUUGAACCGAGAUGCGACUGCAUUUAGCGAUGAAAUUGAAAACGAAAAUAGUGUUUCAAUGCUGAACAGACAAAUCUCGAUGAGUCGAGAUUUGAGCGAAAUAGAAGCGACUAAAGAUUACGACGAGCAAUACAAAGAAAUCAGCGAUUCGUACCAAAAUUUGGACCAAAAAUGCAACGAAGCUUCAAGAAGGUACAGUUUUGAGCAGUCUUCGGUUCUAAAUUCGGCAAUGAUUUGUGACGAUGAUUCGUUAAAUGCGUACCGCUUCGACCCAAUUGCUGAAGUUGGAAUCCCGAUGUCUAUAAAUGACUCAAUCAUUAGCAAUGAAUCUAUCGCGCAUAGAAAAGGUGAUUUAUCACAGUCUUACAAGGUGCCAUUAAAUGAUGGGGAAGUUGAGAGCAAAAGUAAUGAGUUUGACAACGCCCGAUUUUUUUCUUUUGUCGAUGUUGAGAGUUCAGGUUUCGAGAGCUCGGUGACUUUCGGGUCGAUUACGAGUAGCAUUGACAACAGAAGCAAGAAAGUAGUGGAUUUUGAUUAUACAGUUGGCUUAAAGGCGUGUUCUAAUCGCUCCGAUUCAAGUGAAAGUCAAUCAUUUAGGGAUUGUGAGCUUACUGUUAAUGAUGAUGAAAGUACCCGAUCUGUUAUAAACUUGAAAAACGGCUCUGAGAAAUUUACCCUAUCGUCUAAAAAGCCACCGAUUUGUUGCGAAGAAUCUGUAGAUGGUUUAUCAGAUGGUGAAAGCGCAGUUUCUAAGAGAGAUUCCGACAAUUUUUCGGGCGAAAUUGUUCAAGAAACAUCAUCAAAGGAACUGGACCUAGAAACGAGUUCCGAAAAAUCGCGAUCUGCAAAUUGUGUUUUGCAGUAGCCGUUGAAAAUAGAAAGCUGUGAAAUAAAAUGAUAAUACGAAAUGACAAUUAAAUAAUUCGCUUAAUUCAGAAAAAAACAUCCAAUUUUUGAAGUCCUUACUCUCAGAUUGCUUUAAACUUGAAGAUUUGACGUUUUUGGUGCGUUUGCUUAUUUGUUGCAGUUAAUUUAGGUUGAAGUUGGUUCCGUUUGUUAAUUGUUUCCAUGAGCAAGUUUGUUCACUUUUAGACAAUAUCCCCAAUGUUGUUUUUCCCAUUGUUCGCAAUUAACCGCGUCUGUCAAUGUUAAAAUAUUAGUUUUGAUAGACGUUUCAGAAAGACCAAAAUGUCCUUGUUUGACAAGGCUCAUCCAAUGUAUUGUACAAAUCUUUGACAUUGUUUUGUAAACUGACGUUAAUAAUAGUUUGAACGAAGAUCUAUUUUGUUAUAUUGUUAAGUUUACUAUUGUUUACUAUUGUUAAUGGUUAUGAUAAUAAUGAUGUAACUAACUUCUGCAGUUUUGAUCAAAUGUUGCUAUAACUAAUUGACCCAGUAUUGAGUAUCGGCAUUUAUUUUAUUCGAUGUUUGAAUUUGUAUAAUUGUUCGUUCCUUCCAACUAUUGCAGCUACAAAGUUGAAUAAAUUAUAUCAAUUGAAAUUAACCAAUUAUUUUCUCUUUUGAUAACUACCUUCUGAAGCUUAACCUUGUUUGUUUAUUCUUUCUGAAAAACUGAUUGCGAAACAAUCCAGGUUAUCUGCUUGGACUGCAUAUAGCAAAGAUGUCCUUUGACAGGGUAACUAAAGAACAGAUUUACGUGUCAAGCAGUUUUUGGUCAUCCGAUUAGUAGAACCAUGAUCUGCCAAUUGGCCCAGAGCGUUUAAAUUAAGACAAUUAAUCCACGAGGGAAAAUACCAACAUUUGAGCCAUUCAGCUCAUUACGGCAAGCCGCUCUUUUGCCCAUUUAGUUAAAUUUUCAGAAAAUGCAUCCUCAGCCUCGCUAGAAAUGGCCAAUACCAAGAGUUGACUAUAAUUGGAAUCGGGAUUUUUUGCGUGUUGCGUAACGCCGUUUCAA